UGACCUUACACAGGCAGCCUGUUCUCCAUGGGCCUCGGUCUUCCCAUCUGUACAAUGAAGGCGCUGAACUAGAAGGCAGAUCCCAGCUCCAGCGACUCGCCCUCAAGCCCCUGCUCCAAGCCCCUGCUCCUCCUGCUUCCCCCAGCCCUGGCUGCGGGUGGCCACAUGCAGUCGUGGAGAAGAAAGUCCCUCUGGCUGGCACUGUCGGCCUCUUGGCUCCUCGUCCUUCUGAGAGUCUUCCCCCUUCUCCGCCUGGCAGUGCCUGCUAGACCUUGGGCAGGGGCCCCCCAAGGCUGGCCCCGCUGGCUGGAUGCAGAGCUCCUGCAGAGUUUCUCCCAGCCUGGGGAGCUCCCAGAAGAUGACCCUCAACUUCCUCAAGCCCCCCGUGGUGGCAGCUGCGACUGGGGAGCUUGCUUUGAUGUCUCCAAGUGCAGGGGUGGUGGUCUCAAGGUGUUCGUGUACCCGGUGGCUGGCCCGAUCUCUGACACUCACCGCAGGAUCCUGGCUUCCAUUGAGAGCUCUCGAUCCCGCUCCGUCAGCCCUGAUGAGGCCUGCAUCCUCCUCCUCCUCAGCCUGGAAGCCCCAGCCGGAGAGUGCAUCCCAGUGCCCCAGCAAUGGAAUGGGGGAAGGAACCAUCUGGUCCUCAGUCUGCACCCAGCCUUCUGCACCCAGACCUUUCAACUGGGACAGGCAAUGGUGGCCAAGGCCAGCCCCAUGGUGGACACCUUCCGGCCUGGCUUUGACGUGGCCCUGCCGCUUCUCCCUGAAGCCCACCCAUUGCGAGGUGGGGCCCCUGGCCGGCUGGGACAGCACAGCCCCCACCCUGGGGUGCCCCUGCUAGCCCUGGCGGAGGAGAGGGGCGGGUGGCGCACAGCAGUCCCGGACUCCUCUGCCUGCCCCUGGGAUGGGCGCUGUGAGCAGGACCGUGGACCCGAGCAGACCCACCCUGGGGCAACGCUACCCAAUGCCACCUUCUGCCUCAUCCCUGGCCACCGUCCUGAUGCCUUGCACUUCCUCCAAGCCCUGCAGGCUGGCUGCAUCCCUGUGCUUCUCAGCCCUCGGUGGGAGCUGCCCUUCUCUGAGGUCAUCGAUUGGACCAAGGCGGCCAUUGUAGCUGACGAGAGGCUCCCAUUUCAGGUCGUCGCUGCCCUCCAGGAGAUGCCCCCCACGCGGGUCCUUGCCCUGCGUCAGCAGACCCAGUUUCUAUGGGAUGCCUACUUCUCCUCAGUGGAGAAGGUCAUCCAUACCACUCUGGAGAUUAUUCAGGACCGGAUCUUUGGAGCAUCUGCUCACCCCUCGCUACUGUGGAACAGCCCCCCAGGGGCCCUCCUGGCCCUGCCCACUUUUUCCACAAGCCCCUCGGACUUCCCCUUCUACUACCUACAACGGGGCUCUCGGCCUGUGGGCAGGUUCAGUGCCCUGAUCUGGGUGGGGGCCCCAGGCCAGCCCCCUCUGAAGCUCAUCCAGGCGGUGGCAGGCUCCCAGCACUGUGCCCAGAUCUUGGUUCUCUGGAGCAGUGAGAAGCCACCCCCACCCAGGUGGCCCAAGACAGCAGUGCCCUUGACAGUCCUGGAAGGGCAGAGGAAGGUCAGUGACCGCUUCUUCCCGCACAGAGCCAUCAGCACUGAUGCCAUCCUCAGCCUCGAUGCCCAGAGCAGUCUUACCACAAGUGAGGUGGACUUUGCUUUUGUGGUGUGGCAGAGCUUCCCUGAGCGGAUGGUGGGCUUCCUGACAUUGAGCCACUUCUGGGACGAGGCCCGGGGUGGCUGGGGCUACACUGCCGAGAGGGCCAACGAGUUCUCCGUGGUUCUCACAUCGGCGGCCUUGUACCACAGGUAUUACCACAUCCUCUUCACCCACUACCUGCCCAAGGCUCUGAGAGCCCUGGCGGAUGAAGCACCCACCUGUGUGGACAUCCUCAUGAACUUCCUAGUAGCAGCAGUCACCAAGCUGCCCCCUCUAAAGGUGCCCUACGGGAAGCAGCAUCUGGAGGCCAGACCUCCACUGGCGCCUGAGGGCCUGGAGUCGCAGCCUCCAGUCCAGGACUGCAUCAAUCGGAUGGCAGUGGAGUUCGGCUACAUGCCCCUGGUUUCCUCUCGCCUCCGUCUGGACCCAGUACUCUUCAAGGACCCCGUGUCCGUGCUGCGCAAGAAGUAUCGCAGCCUGGAGAAACCCUAGGAAGGACCAGCAGAGCCCCAGCCCUGCUCCCAGGGGGCACUGCACCUGCGGGGGGGGGGGUGUCCAUCCCCCUCCCUUGGGACAUCUGGAGAGCCAAUCAAGGCUGCCAGCCAACACGUCAGAUCCCUAUUAGCCAAUGAGUCCAACACCCCGAGCUGCGGGGCCUCGCCCCACCCUCCAGUCCAGCCGCUAGUGGCAGGUCACAGGUGCCAGGCGCUUGCUCUGCGACUGUGUCCUCACCCAUCACUGAUCCUUUGCCUGGGAUGUCUUUCUCGGCUUCUCUGCGGAAGCUGAGUUCUACCUUUCAAAUCUCUGCCUCCUCCACAGACUUGCCUGACCCCCAUCCCCGCCCCAG